GAAUUGAGAUUUUCCUGGUUUUGUGCUAUAUGAAAUUAAGCAGUUGUUUAUUUGUUUUAAUUCAAAUAGAAAUCGAGUCACUGGAAUUUACGAACUCAGUUUAUGCAAGAUGGCAGACACAGGUAGUCCAGGCAUGCAGAGGAGGAGAAGGAAAAUCUUGGAUACAUCAGUGGCAUAUGUGCGGGGAGAAGAGAACUUAGCAGGCUGGCGGCCUCGUGGAGACAGCCUCAUCCUUGAGCACCAGUGGGACUUGGAGAAGCUGGAGCUCCUGCACGAGGUGGAGAAAACCCGCCACUUCCUGCUGCUCCGUGAGAGACUUGGUGACAGCAUCCCCAGAUCCCUGAGCGACUCGUUGUCCCCCAGCCUCAGCAGUGGGACCCUCAGCACCUCCACCAGCAUCUCCUCUCAGAUCUCAACCACCACCUUUGAAAGUGCCAUCACACCCAGUGAGAGCAGUGGCUACGACUCCACAGACAUUGAAAGCCUGGUGGAUCGAGAGAAAGAGCUGGCUACCAAGUGCCUGCAACUUCUCACCCACACUUUCAACCGAGAAUUCAGCCAGGUGCACGGCAGCAUCAGUGGCUGCAAGUUGUCUGAUAUCUCUCCAGUCGGACGGGAUCCCUCUGUGUCCAGUUUUAGCAGUGCUACCCUCACUCCCUCCUCCACCUGCCCCUCUUUGAUAGAUGCUAGGGGCAACUCUUUGGAUCAGAAGACCCCAGAAGCCAAUUCCCGGGCCUCUAGUCCCUGCCCAGAAUUUGAACAGUUUCAGAUAGUCCCAACUGUGGAAACGCCCUAUUUGGCCCGAGCAGGAAAAAAUGAAUUUCUCAAUCUUGUUCCAGAUAUUGAAGAAAUUAGACCAGGCUCAGUGGUCUCUAAGAAAGGAUAUCUGCAUUUCAAGGAGCCACUUUCCAGCAACUGGGCUAAACAUUUUGUCGUGGUCCGUCGCCCCUAUGUCUUCAUCUAUAACAGUGACAAAGACCCGGUGGAGCGUGGCAUCAUUAACUUGUCCACAGCGCAGGUGGAAUACAGCGAGGACCAGCAGGCCAUGGUGAAGACACCGAACACCUUUGCUGUAUGCACAAAGCACCGUGGGGUCCUUUUGCAGGCUCUCAAUGACAAAGACAUGAACGACUGGUUAUAUGCCUUUAACCCACUCCUUGCUGGCACAAUACGGUCAAAACUCUCCCGCAGAUGCCCAAGCCAACCGAAGUACUAGGUGACUGCCGAGCGCCCUCACUCGCCUUCCGAGAGAUAAAGAAAGUGUUAACCUCUCAUUCCUCUUUGUGAUUCUUGAUGGUUAUUCUUGUGUGUGAUCCUGUGGCUUAAGUGCUCGUCCCUUCUCGUCCAGCACUUUUUCUGUCGCUCCUGGCCCCCGUCCCCAUUGCUCUGUACUCUUUUCUUUUUUCCUGUGCUGAGAAUCUUGUUAGAAGCAUGUGGCCUAACAAAAGGGGGGGAAAAACGAACAAAAAAACAAAAACCCAGAGGGGAUCCAGUGAAUCUCCCAAUUAUUUUUUGGUGUAUUUUGGCUUCCUUUUGUGUGAUAGGUCCCCAUAUGACCACCUCUGAUGUCUGUACUUCUGUCUUUGGAUAUCUCUGUCUGUUGUUCAAGACAACAUAAUACUUUUUUCUUUUCAUUGUGAUAUAAUUUUAAUUUUUCUUGGGUGGCUUAGAGACAAAAGGAAGAGACAUCUGGUCUUUUUUAGAACCUGAGAGGAAAAAACUUAACCUUUUCCCCUUCUGUCUCUUUUUGCCAUGACUAAUCCUUACAUUUUCCAUUCAGGGAAAGGGUUGUAGUGAGCUUAGAAAUGGGACAGGUAUAUUGUCUGAAAUUAGGGCUUAUUUAGAACAUAGUUAUGUAAUUUUCAUUUAGUGGAAGAGACUUUUCAGCAGGUUUGGGACAGUGGCUACUGUUGACCUUUUAAGAAGGAAAGAGCCAAGGCUAUCGCUGAUGGAUUUCAAAGGACCGUGGGACUUGGGCCGUGACAGUGGGGGUCAGUGGGAUGCUUGUAGUUCCUCACAGCAGGGCUCCUGUGAGCUGUUUGUCUCCACUGGGAGGGACCCUCUUCUCUCAGAGUCUCAGUUCUGUUCUUGGAGUUAGUAAUGACAGUGGUACAGUUUGGAAUUAGUGCCAUGAUGUCAUAUACAAAUAUCCCGCAAGGAGGGAGUGUUUCACUAUCUGGUGAUGAACUUGAUGGUCUUUGUCAUCAUUAUGAUUAUGAUUAUGCCAGGUAGUGACCUUGUGAUUGUUGUAGCUCCCUUUGAUCAAAGAAAUCUAACUCUUAAGUGUAAACUUGGAUGUCUCCCUCUGAAUCCAGAGGUCAUUUUCAGUGAUCCUUGUCAAAUUGAAAACACUUUCAAUGAUGCUUGUCUCCCUAUGCUCAUAGAUAAGUGAACAUGGCAGGCUUUGCUUUCUGGACCCCAGAAUUAUAACGGACUUCCUGCCACCACUAAGAGCAAAAGGACACCUGGGGGCAGAGAAGAGGGUCCACCUGAACCCUGGCCCCAGGCCUGGUCAUUUGUCUCCUCCUUGGUUAUCUCCGUCGUGCGUGGAAAUACUGCCAGAGGAGGAAGGAGGAGCUCACUGCUGGUAGCCUCCUUCUGUGACAGAACAGGAUCGCCUGCUUCCAGAGGCCAUUGUGGAAGAUGCUCUUUCUCUUUCAGCUGCAGUAAGUGUCACAGGAAUGACAUGGGAGAGAAGGCCUCCAGUUACUUCAGUUGCUUUGCCAGUUGACUUGGGCUGUUCUGUACCAUCCUUUACUGCCCUCGCUCACACCUCUGUUUGACCAUCCAUCCUUCAGGUGUUCAGGAAGGUAUCUGCUUGCUGCCACUUGGUGGAGAUCCUCCGCCGGGGGUCCUCCGCCUCGAGGGUGCUGACUCUUAGGUAGCAAAGGGGAAGGGUCCGUGCGCUCAGCAGGAUGGGUGCUGGGCAGGCUCACCAGCACCCAGACCCUUGCCUCUGCCUUCCUGGAGGGGCUCAUCUCCUGGCUUCGUUCAUCAUAAUUGCUUUGCAAAGAGGAGGAAAAGGGAGUCACGGAGAGCUUAACAAAAGAAAGACUAGAAAUCAAAGGCUAUGACCUUACCUGAAAAAUGAUCAAGAAAAAUUCUAUGGUAGAUUUUUUAACUUUCUUCCUCUCCUUAAAACAUAGGUCACUAACUCUAAUGUUACUUGUUUUCUAAAUGGUGCUUCAGACUUUAAAGUAGUUAGAGGUUUCUUGUCUAAUGGACACAAUGUGCCCUUCCAGUGUCCACUCAAAUCCAGGGUCUGCCCGUGCUUAGAGACAGCUUCCUGGGCUGAAAUUAAAUCUAGUUUCAGGGAAACGAAGAUGAGAUUUGAAGGUUACUUUUCGAAUUAAAUCAUGGCUGCUGCUGCUGUUACAGAGUCUGAUAGGAGGGCCCGUGUCUGUGGCAAAAGGAGGCCGGGGAGAGCCGAGGGAGAUAGAAUCAAGUGAUACAGUAAGAUGUUUUUUAUUCUAACUUAAACAAAACUGGCUUGGAAAGCCUUUGCUUUGGAGCGUCAGAUACUAGAAGAGGCCGAGGUGAGAAGGCCUUGUGAGGCAGUGGGGGCCUUGGCUGCAGCCCCCCGGCACACAGCCCGCACUGGCGCCCCUUCCUCAAGGGGUCUGUUUUCAGAUUGGAGUUGGAGCAGCUUCAGGAUUGAUGGUCCCUUUCCAGGCAGGCCCGUCCCCACUUUGAAGCUCUGAGAGAGAGUUUAUGGCAGGAAUUAUUUAUGAGGCUUUCAUGGAAGCCAUAGUGUCAGGAAAGUUGAAAGAACUCAAACCUUUAAGGAAACCACCUUUUAAGGGUUGGUUGGUUUGCUUUUUUUUUUUUUUUUUUUUUUUUUUUUUUCUUGAAGCACACCUUUAAACAAGCAAAUAAUAAUUAAGCAAGAAAGAACACUUAUACAAAUUUAGGGGAAAUGAGCGCUAGAGUAGCCAUCUCCUCCCCUCCCUCCCCCAUCCUCCUUUCUCCCGCCAGAGCAAAAGACGGCCUCACAGCUUCCACCAGACCAGUGCUCACAGCCUCCUGUCUCCGCGCCUGCCUGGGGGUCACUGAGCUCUCAGGCCGGGCUCUGCGGGGUCCGCCAGCCCACGCACACAGCCACGAGCGCAGGGAAGGGCUGCUUUUGGCAGCUGGGUGAGCACUUGGAUUCCAGUACGUUUUGGUAAUGUGAGGGAAGUCGAGGGAAAUGAUUUUUCCCAACUAUGACUACUCAAAUUGUGGGUGAGAUUUUUCAGCUCUUGUAAGAUGAAGGAAUCAAUGAAGCCAUUGUGGAAGAUCUUUUGGUACCUAAAGUAAAAUGACUUCUCCUGGCACAUAUAUCAAAGCAAAGACUUUGUUGUCUGCUGCUUGUUGUCUAAUUUACAGGGAUAUUUAAUUUUGUAAGGUAUUUGUAUAUUUAUACAGCUAUAAUUAAUUGCACAUUGAUCUGGAAAAGCAAGGAUGACCUAGCGUGUAGCACCUGCUGGUACUUGGCAUUCCCUCGUCUGGGUUCCACUAGGGUUCUCCUGGACAGUAUCAGGGCUUGUUCAUUUCUUGUUUGACUUGGGUCCUUCAUUUUACCUUUUGGUUCCCUUUUUAAAAUGUGAUUGUUAACCUGCUCUUUAAAAAGAAAGAGACUAAUUUUGCUGCUGCUCUCAGAAGGUUUGCUGAAUGUAUUUAAAUAGGACUCUAACUCGUGUGCACUGCAGCUGUCCACUGUGGCCAGUGAUGAUUCACCCAAGUGUGUGGCCAGACCAUGACUGUGUAGCAGGAAUGUAUUGAUUUGUGCUUCCUUAGUAAAUGGAGAUAUCAGCUGAGAGAUGAUCUGCUGCUGUUGUGUUCCAAAAGGCCAUUUAUGAAACCUGUGUUCGAGCCCCAUAAAAUCUUAGGAAAGCCUCUAGUCAUUUAAAGGAAGAAGUUAGAGUUGAUACAAAUUUCACAUUAAAAAUUCAGCCAAAACGGCUUGUGCUCAGACGGAAUGUCCGAGUUGAGGUUGGUCUCUUGCCAAACCCUGGCCGUCGUGUGUUGUUUUCAUGUCUUCAAGUUAAUUUUUUUCAUGCUGCGUAUUCUGGCAUCAGUUCACCUGAGGAAUCCAUCAGCCUUCUUGUGAGUCGUCUUAGACUUUGUGGCUCUGAAGUACUUGUCCGGUGAGACUUCAAGUCCCUUGUCACCAUCCUCAUGCACAAAACCCAUGAAGCAUAAGUGGCCUUUUUGAACCAAGACUUUGCAAACUGAUCUCUCCCCAGGGAAGGAGUUGAGCACAUUUAGCAACAAUGUACAUUAUUAAUUUCAGAUUCUCAUUUUCAUGUUUUAUUAUGUAAAUAUUAUCUGAUGUUCAGAGCCUGAGUAUACAGAAUGUAAAUAUAGUUCUUGUAUUUGUACUAAUUCUGGUUCUUUUGCUGUAUAGCCUUAGAUGUGCAAUGCAGACAUUAUCUAACUGUGUAUGGUAACCUUGCAUCACGGAACUAUUAGUGAACGAGGUAAAAAUAAUAAAGGUACAACCAGUGCAUCAGAA